CAGGAACGUGUCAUGCUCACUCUCUGAGCUGUUUGAGUUGAGGAAGUUCUCCGCGGCCGAGUUUCCUUUCCCUCUCUGCACUACUGAAACAGGAAGCUGGUGAGCUGGAGCUGCCUGAUCGUUACACACAGACACAGAGGCAGCUCUGGCAGCUCUUGUACUGGCAUUCUGGUUUCCUCCAGCUGCAGCCAUGGAUCAGUGCUGGUACCACGGCAACAUCACUCGCUCCAAAGCCGAAGACCUGCUCUCCAAAGUAGGCAAGGAUGGCAGCUUCCUUGUGCGGGCCAGCGAGUCCAUUGCUUCGGCGUAUGCACUCUGCGUGCUGUUUCGGAACUGCGUUUAUACCUACCGAAUUCUGCCUGAUAAAGAAAAGAAGCUGAUUGUCCAGGUAAGCCACGCUGUGAAUCAUUCAGUCCCACGAAGAUGCACUUAGUAUUACUUGCUGUGU